AAGUCGAACCUCCCAGAAUCCUCUGCGUCAGGAAGUGCGUUUGUUUUGGUCUGGAGGCGCAGAAACAUGAAGCGGAUAACCCGCCGUGACUGCAGUGAUGCCCCUGUCCCUGAGGAGCAAGAGACGGAGGGCCAGAGGCAGCUGCACAGCCUCCUCCUUCAGCAGCUCGACACGGGCGUUGACAUCGAUCGCUGUUUUGCCAAGAGACAAUGCUUUGCUCCCGCCGCCUACUACAAACCCUUUGGCGAGCAGGCAGCGGGGGUGAAGAGCCUGUCACAGUUCCAGGCACUGCAGAGCAAAGAGAUGGAGCUGGCCGGCAUGAGAGAACAGGGACUCACUGACAGGGAGAUUCAGUUGUGGAAAAGCAAGGACAAAACCGAGACUGCCUCUGCAGCACCUGAGACGGCUCGGGGAGUGUGUAUGGACCCGGAGGUGAGGAGUCAGCGACUCCAGGUCAUCCAGGACAAGAUAGAGGCCCGCAACCGCCUGCUGGCCCAGCCCCAGCGCCUGUCCGCCAGCCGGCCGCUCUCCAGGCGGGAGAUGGAGAUCGAGAAGGCCCUGUUCCAAGGCACUGACCGCCAGGGGUUCCUCUCUGCCCUCUACCAUCAAGAAGAGGAGCCUGGCUCUGAGCAGUCUGGGUCUGCAGCACCUGACAGCAUGCACAUGCUAUACAAGGACUUCCUGAAAGAGGCAGAUAGAGACGAACCAGCUAAAGCAGACAGUCCCACAGAGUCCACACCCGUCAUUGACCAAGAACACUCCUCCACUGACACCCACACCAGGACGCAAUCCAGCUCCUCUGUGGUAGUGACUGACAGAUGUUUAGGCCAAUCAACAUCAUCAAGUCAGGACAAUGCAGCCAGUCAUCCUCCACUCAGGACUGAGGACAACAACAGCCAAAAAAUGACUCCGGUUUCGGUUGUAAACAAGAAGAUGGAUGUGAGCCAGUUGAUUGGUGCUUUGCGCCCUCAGCAACUCAGCGCUGGGUCACGGCCCAUGGGGCCCAUGACUGUUACGGGACAAGUGGAGCUCGUUCCAGAGGAGGACAUACUGCAGAACAAGGAGACGGAGGAGAAGAUCAGAAGCAUCCCUCGCUUCCAGAAUUACCAGUCCGGACAGCCGUCUAAUGUGCUGUGUGUGAAGAACCUGAGCCCGCGUGCCACCGUGGCUCAGCUGGUGUCCCUGUUCUCCCGGUUCCAGCAGUCCGAGAGGCCGCCCAUCCUCUACCGCCUCCUCACCGGCAGGCUCAAGGGUCAGGCCUUCAUCACGCUGGCAGAUACAGAAAGUGCAAAAGCAGCUUUGGAACUCUUGCAUGGCUAUCGCCUACUGGACAAACCGCUGGUGAUUGAGUUUGGCAGAGAGAAGAGGGAUCAAGAGAACACAAGCAUGCAACAAGCUGAAGGGCACAGUAAGCAGGUCACGAUAAACAACUUUGACAAGAAAGAAAUUAUCCAGCCAAAUGCUCCUGUAUGACUGGCAGUAAAUACAGCUGAAGAAUGGAUGAUUCAAGCAGCCGUUUACAUAGUGAACAAACUUCUGUGUUUCAGUUUAUUAUUAUUUUUAUGUAUAAAUUGUAUAUAAUAUUGUAUGUAAAAGUGUUUAAUGUAAAUAAAUUAUAAUGU